CAGAUGUCAAUGUCAUUAUAAUUCUCUAAAUUUUUUUCUAAUUUUUUCAUAACAAUAUUAAAUAUAUAGGUUAAGAUAGCAAUACGAAAUUAAGCAAUUUCCGUAUAUAUUAAGAUGUUUUUAAGAAAACUAUUUCUUUCGGAAAUCUGUUUAAGUCAUAGAAUAUUGGUUCGAGAUAAAUCCUCUUGGGAUAUAGUAGCAGGAGUAUGUGUCGAAAGGCUACCGGUAGUUACCCCACCACUCAACGAUAUUCAAAAAAAGUUCAAAAACAUGCUGGGGACAAUUGAAAUCGAAAAAAGUCUUAAAUCAAACCACGAAAUCAGAAAAGAAAAUGACAAAGUACAAGCAGAACUCCUUAAAAAUGACUCGGCAGAUGUUGAUUUGGAUAUUGUCAGUAAAAUAACAGCUCAGGAUUUUGAAGAUGCAUCUAAGGAAGAGUUUGAUAGAUUUAAAUUUGCCAAUAUUGAAACAGAAGCAGAUAAAAAAGGCGAUAAAAGUACUCAUGAUAGAUUUCUUCAAAGGCAUCUGGUGCUUGUAACUCAAGUCAAAUUAGGGAAUGAUAUCAAAACUAUUCUACCUCACGGAGUAUGGACAGAAGGAGAGACUUUAAGACAGACAGCUGAACGUACCCUUUCAGAGCACUGUGGUUCUGACAUUAAAGUAAAAUUUCUAUCAAAUGCUCCAAGUGGUUUCUAUAAAUAUAAAUAUCCUUCAGAAGUUAAUGGCAAAAUUGGUGCUAAGGUAUUCUUCUACUAUGCAAAUUAUGAAUCUGGUGAAACUGAUAAGAAGUCAAAACCCAAUUGGUUAACAAGGAAUGAGUUAGCUGAAGUAUUACCAGAAAAGUACAAUAAGUCUGUCCAAAGUUUCUUGAUCGAGGAAACAUAUUAGAUUAAUUCAAAUAAUUAGAAAUAAAUAUUAGUCAACAAAUA